CAAUUGGUCAAUCGAACAGCGAUUAUAACAGGGGCUGGAUCGGGUAUAGGUCGUGCGACUGCCCGCCGAUUCGCCGCCGAGGGAGCCCGCAUCGUAGUGGCGGACAUCAACGACGCUGCUGGAAUGGAAACCGUUGCGGCAAUCGAAGGUGAGGGGGGAACUGCUCGGUUUGCGCAUACCGAUGUAACGGCCUCCACCGAGGUCGAAGCGAUGGUUUCUCAGACGGUUGAUGCUUACGGCGGCGUUGAUAUUUUGGUGAACAAUGCCUACUUCUGCGAUGGAGACGAUAUUCUCACCGUUGAUGAGGAACUGUGGAAUAGAAAUAUCAGCGGAUGCUUGUCAAGUGCCUUCCUCUGCUGUAAGGCGGUCUUGCCGCACAUGAUUGACCAGCGCAAAGGGGCGAUUGUCAACAUUGCAUCCGUGAACGGGCUGCUCGGGCUCGGCGAGGAGGCAUACAGUGCCGCCAAAGCAGGGGUUAUUUCGCUGACGCAAAACAUCGCUGUCCGCUACGGAGAGCACGGUGUCCGCGCCAAUUCAAUCUGUCCGGGAUCUAUUCAAACACCUGCGUGGACAGCAGUGCUUGAAAAAGAUCCAGACCUCUUUAACCGUCUGUCGAAAUGGUAUCCGCUCAAGCGGGUUGGCAAGCCUGAAGAAAUCGCUGCGGCUGCCCUCUUUCUGGUAUCAGACCAAGCAUCUUUCGUCACAGGGACAAACCUCAUCGUCGAUGGUGGACUGACUGCCGGGCUGAAGCGUAUGGGCGAAGAACUGGUAGGAGAGGGUACGGAAAUUUGA